GUCAUCAUUGGCCGCCUGCCCCUGGCCGGAGCGUCGCGCUCCCCACGAGACCCCGCCACGAGACCCCGAGCGCCACGGUCCCAACACCGUGUUCUGGUGGGUGAACGUGGACCGACGAUGCAGGGCCCCCCCCCCACCGCCCCCAAGCGCCCGUUCCGUGUGCCCGCUGCAACCAACGCGACGCGCAUCGCCGGGUUCCCUAUCGAAGAGCGCCCCUCAAUUCGCGCGUUCUGCGACGGAGCCGAACUGCACCCCCCCCCCCGGCACGUCAGUCCUGGUGCUGUGCCAGAAUUCAGACAAAUAUAUUUAUUUAAGUGAUGCUUCAAAGAGCGAGAGAGAGAAAGGAAAAAAGCCCCGUUUCUUCACGCAAGCAAUAUUUCCGCGGUGAAGCGCUGGCAUUUUGGAGGGGGCCCCAAAGGGAGGCAGCCCAAAACUUGCAAACCUGGUGGUGGUGGUAGUGGUGGUGGUGGUAGUGGUGGUGGUGGCUUCACAUUGGCUCUCUCCACCGCCCAGUCCAAGGGAUUUCUCGAGCAACGACUGCAAUAACCCCUCGAACGCCGUCUCUUUGUGUGCAUGUGUGUGCAGCAAAAGGAUUUGAUUCCCUUUAAAUUAAAUCUCCAUUCAUUUUGUGUGUUGUUGCUAUGCGCACAUGUGGCACACGUUGCAAUGGCAAACAGACGAGAAUAACUGAAGCCUAAUCACCGUUGGGGGGGGGGGGGGGGUGCUGGAUCUUCUGUGGCCUUGCCGACCUGGGUUUUGCCAUCCAGCUCACCUUCUGACUACAGCGCCGAGAUUCCAUGGCGCGCAUCGCGCAGUUCCCGCUACAGCAGCUGCUGCCCCUCUUGGUGCUGCUCAUCGCUGGCCCGGCCGCCUCUCACGACUACGGGGGCAUGCCCAUCGAGUUCGACCUCGAGGCCGGCGAGCCGAGCCUCCUGACCCUGCAGGGCCGCCUCGACCGGGCCUACGUGCGCCGCGUGCUCGGCUCCCCGGACUGCCCUCCCGAAUGCGAGUGCCCCCACUUCUGGCCCACGUCCAUGUUCUGCGACUCCCGCAACCUCACCCGCGUGCCGCCGCCGCUGGCCAGGACGGCCUACCUUUACCUGCAGCGCGGCCUCAUCGAGGCCGUGCCCGAGGGGGCCUUCGGGAACGCGACGGGGCUGCGCAAGAUCAUCCUGGACGUCAACCGCAUCUCGAGCGGCAACGUCUCCGAAGGGGCCUUCUCGCAGCUCGACCGGCUCCAGUGCCUCUACAUCAACUACAACCAUCUGACAGAGGUCCCCAAAAACCUGCCGGCGAGCCUGAAAGAGCUCAGGCUGGCGCACAACAAGAUCCGCGUCCUGGAGGGUCGAGACUUCCACAACCUCGCCAACCUCACGCUGCUGCUCCUGCACGGCAACGAGAUGGCGGUGGUAAAGUCGGAAGCCUUCGCCGGCUUGAAGUCCAUUGUUCACAUCAACCUGAGCAACAACAGGCUCGACGACCUUCCCAGCGGUCUGCCGAGCCACGUGCUUCAGCUGUACCUGGAGUGGAACGCCAUCAGCCAGGUGCCCGAGUUUUACUUUCAACAGUUCCCCAACCUACAGUUUCUGCGUCUGGCCGGGAACUUCCUGAGCAGUCCGCGGGUGCCCGCAGAGGCCUUCAACGUCUCGACCCUUCUAGAGCUCGACCUCGCGUACAACAACCUCGACCGCAUCCCCACCGUGCACCGCAACCUGCAGUACCUCUACCUGCAGGCGAACAACGUCAGCGAGUUCUCCGUGGAGAGUUUCUGUCGGAGCAACGCGCCCCAGGACUACUCCCGUCUCUCGCUGCUCCGUCUCGACGGGAACCGCCUCGCCUCGUGGAAUAUCCCCAGCGACGCCUACACGUGCCUCCGGCGGUGCCAUCAGUUCAUCAUCUAGACGGCGCGACGCGGUAGGGCGCGACGUGACGGGCACCACGGCGCAGUUGGCAUGGGUCCAGCUGCAAUGAUAGAAAAGAGGGGGCCACCCGCUGUCCAGCUUCCAACAUGUUAAUAUUUUGGUAUCCUCUUGUAUAAUCUAAUUUUUCUUUUUUUUUACAGAUUCAUUGUAUGUAUGUUGAACUUCAUUCGCGCCGUACGUGGCCAACCGUGCUAAAUCGUAGGUGCGGGGAUGUCACAAGUAUCGUUCACGAUGUAUCUGCCAACAUUUAUUUUUUAAUAUCACAUCUUCCUCGUGCAUAAUGCGCAUCGGCAGGCAUCACCCUACGCGUACGGCGCAACAAGAAUAUCUACGACACGCGUGUUACGUAGCACCGCAGUAAACGCGAUUGGCCACAUCCCAGACGCUUCGAUGAAUUGUGAGUGGUGUUUGGACGCGGCACCGAAGGCGCUUGCACACUUCAGACACCGGCAUCGCUGGGGCGGCCGUGGCUCAUCACGCUACACAAACGCGCCCCCCCAGAGCAUUCCCCUCCCUAAUUCUUCCAAGAUGUGACUUACAGAGUCGCGGCAAUUAUCCGUCCCUCAGGUGACCUCCAGUUCUGCUCGCACGGUGGGUGGGGGGGGGGGGUUGCGCCGGGCGUUAUUAACGAAGCGAUGGUGGCGGUGGCCCCCCCCGCACGCACACAGCGCCCAGCCCGGCAGAACGCCCGGGUCGAAGGGGAGCCGGCGUGGGGUGGCGACGCCGCCGCGAUGUAACGGUGAGCGCGCGCUGGGACUUCAAAGCUCGGGGGUUCACCGGUUCGAUCCCCUGACGUGGCAGUCGAAACAAUGGGCAAGUCUGUAAUAACGUCACCCACCCCGCAGGCCUCUGUGCCCCCGGCAGUACAGUUAUAGUUAGAGGCUCUUUAAACCUGGAGGCCGAUCCGCCAGCAACGGUAUGAGCGGGCAAUUGCAGGGCUGCACCUUGACCGCAUUUAAAUUGGCGGGAGAGUACAAGGCCAUUGCAGUCUAAAACACGUUACAUUCAUGAAGCGUUUGGAAAGCCACGCGUUUGUAAGUUGCAAACGAACUUGGCACACGGCUUUCGCUUUUAAAACACGGACCACAAAUGAUGGUUACACACCCCGGUUGCACGAACGCUCCCCCGCACCCCGCAGCCCCCUCCCCGUGUCUUUUUUUGACGACUCGAGUCGGCAGUCAAUUCGUGGAUUCUCUCGAACAAUUUCGCUUCUCAGGCUCCGGCCAGAAUUCUGGGAAAGUCUUCCCAACUCGCCCGGCGGUAGCUAAAAGCAACUCGGAAAAGCGUGGAGGUGUCACUGUUGUAUCAACUUUUGUCGUCCGUCAACUCUGGGUUGAUUGGUAGCUGCUCCUCAGUGACUCGGUGCCGAUCACUUCAAGAAGCAACAAUAACAACAACAGACGAGACGUUCCACGUCUUCACCCUCACUCUACGCAGGUGAACAAUAAAUACGUUUUUAAUAAAUGACGUGAAUGUUUUUGUUUACUUCCUGGGACACCGCUGCCUCCCAUUGACCUGCCGGAUAACAUCGAGAUUUGACCGUACGAUCGCGAUGCACUUGAACUCCAAUUUCCGCGGAGCCAGCUGCUGCACGACCGAGAUGCGUUAUAAAAAUGCCACGAUCCGAAAGGUGUCGUUAGAGUUCACAGGACGCGCCAAUUACGAUCCCAUGUCUCCUUCCCCCACUUCACGCGACAUACAAAAAAAAUCAGCGUCCUCCACAAAAGCCAGAGAGAGCCCCGUGGUGCUGCGGUGCCUCAAGCAACGGAGAACGAUGGGGGUGGGGGCAGAGGGUCUGAAAAAUAAAAUAAAAGCAAGGUAAUUUGCAGAAUUGGCCGCACAUGUCUUAAGGGUUGCUUGUGACGGCGGUGCGGUUGCCACCGCUCCUGGGGCUGUCAAACUUGUGCCAAGUUCCGCGGUUACUGCCAACGCCGCCGCUGCCGCUGCUGCCGCCACCCCCUGUACCGCAAUAAAAGGCAGCGUUAUUUGAGAGGGGACGCAGCCCAAGAAGCUGCCUCUAGGUCUGACUCCACGGCGAUUAAAACGGUGGCACGGCGGGGUAUUGAAUAGAGUCGCCACGGAACUGGAGUGCGUUGGUUUUAUGUUUUAUGCGAAAGAGAUCGUUUGAGAGGCGAUUUUUUUUGCCUGAGUCAUUUGACAUAUUACACACCAGCACACUUAUCAAGAAUGCUCUUUCAUUCGGGAAUAUUUUUUUUGUGUUAAUACACCACCUUCAAAAUGUCAUCUGUGUGCUGUGAAGAAGGGCCAUUUACCCAAAACGUCACGUAUUACGUCUUGUUUGUCCUUUUAGGGCCGCAGUGUUAUUGAUGAACCUCUUGAGCUCUUCAUAUUUUGUUUUGCUUGCUACCGUUUGUCAGGUUACACACAAAAUCAUUCUUCUGCCUAUUGCACAUACACAAACACAACAUCUGUAAACAUCCACGGUGUUAAGUUACUCGCUAACAGCUUUUGCUUGCCAAACCAAUGCUGGAUGAAGGCCUCCCAGUGCCGUGUCGGUCACGAGGCUGUUUGACCAUACUUCACCACGCUGGUCAGUGUGGACCGGUGAAGGGGGCGCCCAGGAUCACUUCAAAUGAUGACGCACCACCGACUUGAGCCAUGACCGUGAACCGAGUGUCGUCGGUCACUCGGUUCACAACGCACAAACACCACGUGUGCGUGACAGCUGCACCGCCACUUCCCGCUGUGUUUCAUUAUCAGCCAGGAUCCAUCCACUGCUCGAUGAAAGCCUCCCCAAGCCAUCGCACACAAAGCAGAGUUUUGAAAAGAUAUUUUACUAUUUGUGUUAAUUUGCUGGUUGGAUAUUUGAGCAAGCCAUGUGAGGAUAUGUUUUUUUUUUGCAAGCCCAUAUUCACAUUUUCUUUUAAAUAUUCCCAGCAUAAGCAAACAAUGCAGUGGGGGGAUGUAAGCAACGAGCCUGUGAGCAUCGCCUUUCGUCCAGAGAUAAGGAGCGAGCCGAGACGUCGACUCAAACCUCUCCCGAGCCUCGCGCCACGACGAGCAACAAUCGCGCCACAUUUACAUUUCCUUUCUUUCUCCGUUGCAAAGCGCAGACUUGGAGGAGGGGGAAGAGGUGGGGGCGCGUGGGCGUGAGAGGGGUGAGGCGGAGAGAAUUCCCACGGCAACAUCACAUUUCUCAGACGCUCGCUAAAUGACAUCACCUUUUCGGGCGUCUCUCAAGACGUUGACCCUGCGCAAAGGAGUCCAUUAUAUUGGGCUUCAUAACAAAAAUUAAGACCAGCUGAGGCUCUUCGCGGCUGGACUUCGCGCCCGUGCGCGUCCUGGCCUGGCGAUGUUCGCUCUCAAAAAAAUAACGUGGCGAUGUUCACUCUCGAAAGACGAAUUCAGAACGGAUGCCGCAGCUGUGAUUGCACGCGGGCGCGUGCAUGGUCGCACAUGUCUCGCGAGCAGCACGGCUGGCGUCGCUCAGGAGAGAACUACGGGGGAGGGGAUGAAUUCCCUACGGGGAUUUGGACGGAUUGUCAAUUCGCGUCUAAAGAUAAUGUUAGUAGCGUUGCGGUGAAUGGUUGCGCCUCAAUUGGCUGCGGUGGUGUCACACCGAUCUGUGUGCGUCGUGAACUCAAGAAUCAAUGAAUGCGUGCAAUGCCCCACCCCCAGCAGAAACGUUCUUUGCCCAUUGCCCAAGAUAUCACAACGUCAUCCAUUGCAAACUCUCUAAAAGACGUUGCUAAUAAUCACGAAGUGGAGCUCCCACUUGGGCAUCGUGUUCCAACCGGUCCGGGCUGUAAUUCAAAUGCAAAUUACUUGUGCCACCUUUCUUGAUGGGUGGGGAAACUGCUCAUAAAAUACCAGGGUUUCAGAGAAACCAAGGCCAACUGACCUUUUCAUCCAAGUUGGUGCGUUCAGUUUUGCCACAUUUUCUAAAACUAUGACCUCGACUAUUGGGGUGAUAUUGAUAUGUUGACGGAGAGGUUCUCGAUCACGUGGAACUGUCAUAUUCAUAGCCAACAUUUAACGAGAGUUCACAUGUAUGAAGAGAGAAAAAAAAACACAAGUUAUUUGAUUUUUUCUAAUCAAAAGCGAAUGUGUAUGUCUGUCGUGAACGUAAAAGUAAUAUUUUAAAGCAUAUUGUGAAUACCAAGAUCUAAAUCGUGUGUCCAGGAUAUUAAACAUUUUCCGUACGACUACCACGCACACGCGCGUGCAACACAACGCGAUAUCACAACGCCUCUCUCUUGGCCACCCUUGAGA